GUAGUGAGCAAAUUCGGUUCGGUUGUCUUUUUGGCGCUGAUACGUUUGUUACGAAUACGAUACUGCGACGUAAUUAGUUUUUGUUUUUGGGCACAACAGAAAUUGCAUUGCAAAAAAAUCAUUUUGAUUUUUCGAAAAAUUUUUUUUUUGGCUCGGAUACUUGAAUUUUCUCUUGUCGUCCGCUUGGCCGAUUAAAAUACGCUUAUAGUUAUUUGUUAUUUCGAGUUCAUCGGUGAAAGGGAUUUAUUAAUUCGUGGAAAAGAAGUUAAAGUGCGAUUUUCAACUGUCCACAAGAUGACAACACUGGCGGACUUUAACUAAAUAACAGUGUAAGAGCAAGAGAUUCAUUCAUGCCAUUCAUCGAACAAGCAAACAAAACACAAACGAAACUCACAUUAAACAACAAAGAGAAGUAAUGUUUUGUUGCUCAUCCACAUACAGUCGGUGUGUGAGCGUAACACCGAGAGAGCGAGACAGAGAGCACAUGAACAGUUUUGAAUUGCAGCACACAUAAUUUGUCUGUCAACUUAAGUUUACAAUUCAGAUACAAAUCGUGAUUCUUCAACGUAACACAGCAAAACGAAACAAAGCGACGCCAUAGCAGCAGCAUAUUUUACGCCUUAAAAAAAUCAAAGAAGCAAAAUAAAUUGAGAGCAAAAAAAAAAGCAAACACAAAAAAGAAAGAAAUAUUAAAAUAUUUGCUUUGAUAAAAGCCAAGCGAAAGAAAUAAAACAAAAUCAAAUACGAAUACGAAAAGAGAGGGGUGCAGAGAAAACAAAAGCAAAACGAGACAAAAAUAAACAAGGCUUUUGUUUAAACCAAUUUGGAAUUCAAACAAAAAUAAAACAUUCAUGAAAACGUGAAUUCAUUUAAUUUAUCGAUUAUUUGUUGUCGUUGUUGUUCUUCUUCGCCUAACACAAAACGAAAAAAAAAGAAAAAUUACGAAAGACCAUCCAUCCGUUCCAAACAAACGACGCUUUAUACGAAGUGAGUGUGUGUGUGCGGCGUGCGUUUGAGUGUGCUUAUUAUUUUUCGGUCGUCUCUUUUUUUCGCCACUUCGUGCGGUGGGUCGGGCCACUUUGUUGGUUUUGUUUUAUACCGAUUUUAAACAAAUGACAAAGACGUGAAUAAUACCAAUUAAGGUUAUGUUGUAAAAACAAAAACACGACACAAGAAACAAGAAAAAUUGGCAACAACCGCCUUCAAACGAACGCAGCGAACCUGGGAAAACUACUUCAACUAAAUUUUCCUUAAAAGUUACAAAAAAGCUCAUAAAAGUGAAAAUUUAUGCCAAACCGAAUAAUGACAAAUAAUUAAAUUUGAAAUUUAAGUAGCUUGUAUCGUUUUUCCUCCGUAGAAGGAAAUCUCGGAAAAGGAAAUCCCACAAAAACAGCAACAUUUUUUCACGAACCUAAACUAAAUGGCUGCCUUUUUUAAAUCCUUAACGAAAAUUUGGACUUUUUAAGUUUCGCUUUUCGUUACCGAACAAAACUUUCGCCUAAAGCGAUUUAAACAUUUCCAUGUUAAGAUAUCGCCUCGUGUCGACUCAUUUCUUAAAACAGCCGUAAAUUGUUUAAACUCGGUGAGAACUCCGCACAGAGAAACCAGAGUAGAUUAGUAGAUAUUUGUUACAUGGAUAUAUUCAAUAUUUGUUAACCCGAAACAACAACAACAACUAUAAGAACAGCUGCAACAAUCAAUCAAAAAUCUAAUACUUUGCCUUGAAAAGCCUAAAAGUUUGCUGGAAACAAGUAGAGAGUUUGUUAAACGGCCUGAAAGUAUGCUUCACAACGGAAAUAAGUAAUAGGAAAUAGCAUUACAGGCACACCGGAAGGCCAAGAGCAGAGAAAAGGGCAAAGCCAGAGAGAAAGAGAGCCGGUGAGUGAGUGGGCGAGAGAGUGUGGCCGUGUGUGAGUGAAUGCUCUGCAAAAGGCAUCACCAGUGAAGAGGGAAAGAGCCUUCACUUUUGGAAAUCCGCCAGAGCAAGUAAGCCCGAGGCAAGCAAUUGUAAGAGAUUGGGAAGUGAGAGAGAGAGAAAGAGAGCACAUAAAACUCUAAGCAGCUAUAUAAUUUACCAAUCGAUUGGAUCUCCUGCCUAUCCCAAGCUAAUAGCCUAGCCUUACCCAACGAAACAUCUAACGCACUGUUCAUUACAGCCAUCAACAUUGGUCAUUAGCAACAAACGCCAGACUAGAACCUGAGCACGGAUAUUGGCUAGCAUUCAAUCAACAUCAUCAUUGUCAUUGGCUUAACUAAUAUUUUCCAAUUGCGAGUGGAGCACUGUAACCUUUGAUCCAUACAAUUUCAGUGUCAUUGUAGGAUACGCAACCUCAUCUGCAUCUCUUGCAAACAACCCCCCGAUUGCAAGCCCACAAGACAUCCAAGUCAUUACUUGCCCUUCGCCAGACUUCUUUCCCAAAAGAGUUUCAAUAAUUUUGCCACAACGUAUUCGUUAAAAGUUUUACACUUUCUCAACGAUUAUAAUUCUCAUUUAAUUAGCGAAAAUGUGCAGAGAUCGCGAUAUGAUUUUGCCAUAGAUCAACGUAAUCGCCAAUACAAGGUUAAGAAAAAAAUCAAAAUCAAGUAAAGAAGAGCGUAACCAACCAAUACAAAUUUCUCCACCUGACAUUUACUUCAUCGGUUGGUUGGAGAGCUAACCCUAAACUAACUAGGAAAUCGAAUAUUCGAAUUCGUUUCUAAGCUGUGAAUUAAAGAAGCAACUCCCACCCUCCCCAAAAACCAUGUGACUGCAAAUCGUAAAAUUUGUUCAAUACACGAAAAAAAAACGCCAUCUAAGCCGCCUUCCAAAGGGAGAAAUUUUUGCAACGCCUAAAACUAGGCAACACUAUUUUAACACAUUUCCCAGAAAAAAGGAGGCAAAGCCGUAAGGAAAUUUCACACGUAAAAAAGAACGCCAAACGGCUGCUACAUAGAAAAGGUGUGAAAAAAGAAAAAUAAUCACAAGUGAAGUGAAAAAAAAAAAAAAAAUAAUUAUCAUCACUGUGUAUUUGUGAGUGGGUGUAUCAAUGUGUUUGAGUGUGUGUGUUCAUGUGCGGCACAUAUAACGUAAUUGAGAGAAAAAAAAAAUAAUCAAACGGGAGUUACACACACACAAAAGAAAAUCUUACCAACGACCAAAAAGUACAUACGAAUAAGCAUAAAAAUAUUCGUACGAAAACACGAGGACGCAACAACAACAAAAAAGAUAAGAGAAGAGAUAGAAGUUUCGUUUUCGAUACAACGACUUCAUCAACUCGAUAAAGUGAUAUAAUUUUCUGUUUUAAUUUUGUAAUUUUUUGAAUUACUUGGAUUUUUGCCGUUUUUUGUAUUUUUUAACACUUUUUUUAAACGGGCAACCCCAAUACUCCGAUCAUCAGUUGGGUCCAGAGAAAAAGCAGCAAAAUUGAAGACUUUGUAAGGAAUUUGUGGAAGUCUGUUAAGGCUUGCGUUUGCGGCAUGCGCCAUCCUAACACUGGACUAAGUGAAGACGACCUAAGUCGUCUUACCGGUUCAUCAUCUUCGUCAGCAUCUUGUCGUAGUAAUAAUUGUAAUUCCACAUCCUCUUCUUCCUCGUCUUCGUCGUCGUCCUCGGCGUCGUCGUCAUCAGCGUCGUCGUCUUCAUCAUCAUCGGCUUCGUCGUCCGGUGCCAAUACUCCCGAAGAAUGCAAACAUAUCAACAAAAGUAACAAAAAACAUAAUUCGCCAAGCAAGCAUCACCAUCAUCAGCAUCAUGUCUCCACCAUACCCUCGGAACAUUUGGAGAAUAACAAAAACACACAACACCAUCACCACCACCACACUCACCAUCAACAACAAUUCAAUUCCACCUAUCUACCGGAAAUCAUCAACCCCUUAGAAUGGCAGAAAUCCCGUAAACGUAAGGAACGCCUGGACAGCACCUCGUCUACGAUCCAGGAUCGUAAAUUACAGCGUUCGAAUAGUGAAGAACUCUUGCCACCAGAUGGCACUAGGUUGCAAAAUAACAAUAAUGUAGCAUCGACACCGGCCGAUUUGGGGGUGAAUGCCCUCAAGUCGUCGCUGAAGAAUGUCGAAAAUAUUAGGCGUGUCUCAUCGGAAGAUUUCAAGCGCACUCCCUACGAGGUCUACGAACAGGAGCUGCGCGGCGAGCCCCGAGAGCUGGACGAUGGCAACAGUUCCAUUGGUCAUUUGGGCAAAACUUCCGAUGAGAAUGAUGGCAGUUUGGCUAAUCGCCAACAACGGCAACAACAGUCAUGGACUGUGGGUGUACCCAUCAAGGAUAUGACCCGUCGUUCUCGGUAUGAGACCAGUCCAGCCCGUUCACAGCGUCACUCACCCAUCAGGGUGUGUUUCAGCAACGGCAAUGGCAGCAAACAGCAGCAUCGAGACAGCGAUGACAGUGAGUGUGAACAUGAACGUCGCCGCAGCAGCGAACGUUUCUGCAAAUCCCGGGCCCCACCAGGACGCAAGGCGUCCGGGGUCACCAAGAAAUCCACCAGUUCCACCAGUGCCAUGAAAUAUUUGCCUUCCAAGCUGAGCGAUGAAAAUGUCUACAAAUACGAUUUGUCAGCACUGAAAUACGAGAGGCGUGGCUUCAUCUCCAAGAAGUCCUCCCAACCCCCGCAGGAGAAAAGCAACAACAACGACUUGAAUGACAAUAAUUUGAUUGAUUUCAACAGUGGCUCGUCGGUGACGAGUGCCACCACCAACAAAUCUAUGAGCAAAAAUCUCUCGCCAACGACUUCAUCGAAUGGGUCCACAGAUGAUGUUCAUCACACGGUGACCGCUCCUCCACCACCUCAACCAAUGGCCUUACAGAAGACUUCAACAUCGACCUCAUCGGCCAACAGCAGCAAGAGCAACAGCCAGAGUAGUCUACACAAAGUUCCCCAUACCAUCUCAGCACAGGAAUCACUGCCAUGGGAUCGUUCCGUGCCCGAAGACCAAACUCCUGUCUUGAGUCGUCGCUAUGCCACUGUGAGGCCCCACUAUGUCGACAGCAUUGAUACAGCGGCCAAGCUAUCCAAGGUCAAACCCUAUCCCCAGCCGCAUUUGAAACAAAAUCCCAUGACGGCCCAACUGCUGGCCAACGAUUUGGACGAUGAUGAUGUCAUGGAUCCCAGUUUGACCAAUUUCCGUGCAUUUACCACGUUGGAGAAUAUCAAGACUCGUGAGCUAAUGCAACAGGUCUUGCCAAAUGUAAUGUCCUUCCAAUCGCCCGAGGAACGUAUGCGUCAGAUAAAUAAACGUGUAACGGCUUUAAAGAAAAAAUUGGGUCAACUGGAGGAUUCGUAUGAACAAAAAUCGGGUUAUAAACCCUCACAGGCUGAUCGUUUGAAUGACAAAUAUAUGAAGAAUAUUCUCUCCGAAUUGAGUAAGCUGCGCAAGGAACGCCACGAAUUGAAGACGGAUCCAAUGUCAGCCCUGGGCCUUAAGGUCAGCGGUGGCAUGGAUGCCGAGCAGAAAUUGCAGAAAAUGAAGGUGACGCUAAGGGAAAUCGAACAGAGUUUGGCUGAAAAACGCAAAGACCACAAUCGUCCCGAGAUCCUUGAGGAGCUGACAGCCGAUCAAUUGGUGCAAGAGAAGACCACGGUGCAACACGGUCUACUCUUUUUCGAGUCGCUGUACGGACGUCCGGCCACCAAGGAUGAACGUGAUGCAGCUCGCCCUCUCUACGAUCGCUAUCGUCAACUUAAACGCAUGGUUUCACGCAGUGUCACCCUGAGUGGCAGCUCCGCGGCUGGAGCCCCCGAAUUGCCAACAAUUUUGGAACAUGAGGCUAUGGUCUUUGAAUCGACUCCAUUGCAGUACUCCUCGGCGAAUAGUACGGAGACCACCAAUUCGCCAACCGAAUCCGCCGUUCCCACGACUAAUAGUUCCGACGAAUCGACCACCACGACAACAGCUCAAUCCUCGGCGCAACAGCAGCAGCCGAAGGAGGAACAAAAUGAAACAAUUAGCUGUCUGAGCAUUGAAAAUCUGUGGGAACAGCUGGAAAAGACCCGAGAGGAAAAGAAGCAAUUGAAGCGAGUCAUCAGGGAUUUUGAGACCGUUUUCGAGGAGCAGAAUGGUCGCAAAAUGUUGAAGAGCGAUCGCAAGACCAUUGAGGAGACCUAUGCCCAGUACAAGGAGAAGAAGGCAAAGACUCGUUUGCUGCAGGCCUUGAUUAAAAAGCAAAUAUCGCGUUGAAGGCGGCCGAAGAGGAGAAAAACAACAAUAAUGCAUGUGUGAAAAGAGAAAGCAGAACAUAGACAUAUAAGAAGAAGAAGAAGAAAAGUAGAGAAAUGAGAUUUGGAAAAAGGCACAACAGGCACACACACAACCAAACCACCCACCCAGAGGCUUAAAAAAUGAAUUGGAUGGUUGGCUGGUUGUGUGACUCGGUUUGGCUGUUUUUGUAUGACAGUCAUCUUUGUAGUUUGGCUUUGAGUAUAACAGCUUUGUAUAAAAGCCCCCCCAGCGAAAGCUUAUGGACUUGGAAAAGGCUUUCCCUUUAGUUUGGUUACAAACCUUCCUCCCCCGCCAUUUAACACUGAAAAAAAAGCUCCCAUUUCUUUUGGGUGUUUUUCCUUCUUAGCUGGUUGUUGGCAGCCAUCGACAAAAGCUCCAUGAAAAAGCUUUUGUCUAUAUUGCCACCACCACCAUAGAGUAGAUUGUUAUACCUUACGUUACGUAUAGUUUAAGCGUUACGUUACGUAUAGUAUAAGCCCAUUGUUUACAGUUUUAGUUUCACUGGUUUCCACAGUUUCAAAAGCCAUGGAAAAUUGCAGUUGAAAUGAGAGAAGAAUAAAAACAAAAAAAAAACUUUAUUUGGUUCUAAACCCAAGACAAUUGUUUUGUUACCGUGUCCUCCCUCGGGCACGGGUACGUUUCUUAAAGUUUAAAAUAUAUAUUUAUAUUUUUGUUUUGUUACAAGGA